AUGCAAAAAGUUGGGACGCGUUUAUUUCGUGGUUUCAAUGAACUAGCACAAGUGGAAGACAGAGUCCCUGAUAUUUCACAUCUUUGUUUUGUCAUCCACGGGAUUGGUCAGAAAAUGGGUAGAAAUCCUAUUCUGAGAAAUUGUAAUGAACUUAGGGUUACUUGCGAAAAAAUAAAAGCUCGAUUUUUCCCUCAUCUGGAUGAACAAAAUAAGCGUGUAGAGUUUUUACCUAUUGAAUGGCGAACUUCCUUACAGUUAGAUGGUGACACAGUUGAAUCAAUCACGCCUGUUCAUGUUCAAGGUCUCCGUACAGUUUUGAACAGUUCUGCCAUGGAUAUUAUGUAUUAUACAAGUCCUCUAUAUCGUACAGAAAUUAUAUCUAGUUUAAAGAGUGAACUCAAUCGGUUAUAUGAUAUGUUUCGUCGACUGAAUCCAGACUUUGAAUCUCGUGGUGGAAAAGUUUCUAUUAUCGCUCAUUCACUUGGAUGUGUUCUAAUUUAUGACUUGAUUACCGGUUGGAAUCAACUUCUCGAUAAUGAUCAACUCACUGAAAUACUUUUAGAUAAAUCAACUCAUGGAAGAAAUAUAUCUUUCAAUACAGAUUCUUCGAAAUCAUCAGAAAAUGUAGAUAAGCAUGUAUCAACAAAUAACACUGAUGAAGAGGUAUAUCACGAUUGUAGAGCCGAUAUGAUAUCAACUUCAGGUAAUUUGGAACAAAUUACUCGCGUCAGUUUUCAGUUGGAUGCUGCAAGAACUCUCGUGAAUAAUUUAGAACAAGAAUUGAACAGUUUGAUAGUAGCUGAUGAACAUCCUAUGUCAAAUAGUUUGCAUAAAUCAAAUAUUGACAAUCAGUCAGCUUCAGAUACUUCAAUGCCUUGCAUCAACUCUUCUUUAUCUCAGCCAAAUACUUUACUGUUUGCAAAUAACCUUGAAAACUUUUUCUGUCUUGGUUCACCUUUGGGAGUGUACUUAGUUUUACGUGGUAUCCGUCCUGGUCCUUUCCAAACCCAGGAUACAAUACUUCCCCGCAAAAUUUGCCCUCGGAUUUUCAACAUAUACCAUCCAGCAGAUCCUGUUGCUUACCGUUUAGAACCGUUAAUUUUAAAGUAUUACUCUAAUAUUCAACCAGUUAUGAUUCAUCGAACAGAUGCUGUUUCCAAACCUUGCUAUGAUAGUCUGCCUUUAAUUGCAUAUUCUGGCAAAGAGUUGAAACAUCCUAAAUCCCAGGAUUAUUUCCAACAGCCGGUGAAAAAUGCUUCCGAUACAAAUCAUUUAACUGUUCAAGAUGGUUGUACAGACUCUUCUAGACGUUUCUCAAUUGCUAGUCGACUUUUUGGUUUCUUCUCAAGAACAGCAUCUUCUCCAACUCAUGAAAAUGAUGUAAUAGAUUUUUCUCUUUCUGAAAAUACCUAUGAUCAUACACCAUUGAAGACAACAUUCGAAUUAUUUAGUGAUGAUGAAGAAAAACCUUAUUCAAUGCCAAAUCAUUCAAAUUCAUGCAAGUCUACAGAUAAAAAUGAAUCUAAUAUUAGCUUAUCUAAUCCAUCUUGUAAUGAUCCAGUUGAAAAUGGAUUUUACUUAGAAUCAUUACAGCUUGAACAUCGUUUAGACUUUGAAUUACGUGCAUCACGUUAUGAAAAUUUAUACAUUUCCCUGUUGACUUCACAUACUAAUUAUUGGAGCAAUACAGAUAUAUGCAUGUUUAUUAUGACAUAUUUAUUUCCACAAAGUCCCGGUUCAUCAAAUUAGAAUACAUUCCAUAAUAUUUUAUGAUUAUUAUUAUUAUUAUUAUUAUGUAGUACAUAAAUAGAAUUUUGUGUUCAAUCUAAACUUGAAUGUGUUGGUUCAACAAUUAUGAUGAUGAUGAUGAUGAUGAUGACACUACUAAUAUGUAUGUAAUCAGUUCCUCUGUUCAAUUGUUAUCAGUUUUCAACAAUGAAAAGACAAAUCCAGUCUAUUCAGUGUGAAGUUUACACACAUUAGAAAUAGCUUAGCUUGCAUUGUGUUCCCUGUGUACAUGAUGGUGUAUAUUAUACACUAUAAUAAAGCGAACUAUAUCCUUAAGUCUUUCUUGAAUACACUAUUGUCUAUUAUUUAUUACAUUGAGCAUUUUAUUCUUUUGUUUGUUUGUUUUCAAAUGGAAAUUAUUAUUUCUGCCAGAAUUAUUGUAUGUAUAUUUUGAAUAGUCAUUGAAGUGAACUACCACCAUUGUUAUUCUCUCCUUUCAUAUUGUGAGUGAAAUAUUUUCUUCAGUGUAAAUAAAACAUUCAUAAUUUUUACUUAUUGAUACUAUUUAUGUUAUGUAGUUGAAUGUUUGUUUUAUUAUUCAUAGACUAAUGAUGUUAUCGACUGUUGUGAUAUGUGGUUUUUACUUACAUAUAGUGUAGAUGAGCAUCGUUUUAUUGUAGAGUUUUGACGGUACUACGAGAACUUGUAGGUGAUUAGUAGAGUAAUCUGUCUAUAUGGGAUGCAAUUGGUUGUGGAAAGUGAAAUAUUAAAGAGGAAGUCGUCGGCUCUGAGUAAAAUAUGAAAAUUAUUUGGAUUGAUUACAGAGUCUAGCAUAGAAAAGAUGCUGGUCAUUGCUGAUAAGUAUGGAUUCCUAAUAACUUCCUGCCUUAUGUAACUCGAGCAAGAAUAGUUCGGUUGCCUAUCAGUCUAAAUGAGUUGCAUAUGUCGGUUCUGGGAUAGUCAUUGAAGUUACGAAGGGUAUUUAAAAGCUGGUACGGUUCAAAGCAACACGAUCUGAUGGAUAUCGUGUGGAAAUUGCCUGACAGACUAACAGGGGGUACUAGCUGGUGUAUGAUAUAUUACGAUUGAUCCCGUCAGAUUGGUCUCGAUAGCUGAUCAUUUCAACUUGUAGAAAUGCAGAGAAAACUUCCCGUGACAACUAGGGAAUAUAGAUAGACUAAUAGUGCCUAAUUUCCGAAGGUCUAUAAGCAUUUUAUGCAUAACCGAAACUUGAGGAAAACAGGCAGGUACCAGACGUGAAGGAGAAUGCAGGCAUCAUAUUUUCCCCUUUUGAAGUACACGGUACUUAAAAUGUUUCUUUCCCUAAAACGCUAUUCCACCCUGUCGAUGGAACACCAUUAUAUAACCGUUAAAAGAGUACAGAGUAAUCAUAUCUACUCAGAACUGUGUAGUUGAUGGAGAUUUCUCAUUUUGGUGAAAUCAAGUGAAUUAUCACACUUGGGUACUUUAUAUCAUGUUACAAUUGACAUUUUCAUAGACUUCAUAAGAUAUCUGAAGUUUUCAUAUAGAUUUUUUGGUGAUUGAACUGUAUGUAUACAUGGUCUAGAAUCCUUUUGAUGUUUACACCACCAAUUCUCACCAGAAAUGCUGUUCGAUGGGAGCCAAUGCAAACUCAUGAAUUUUGAAUACUGUUAUUUAUUUAAAUCGUUGAGUUUAAUGUACUAACUGAAAGACUUCAAUACCAUCUGUCACAUUUCUGUGUGGAGUAGUGAGACAUGAACACCUCUUCACGACUUUGUAAUUUGUUAAAAUAUGCCCCCUUCCCAAACUCACUGCUUCAUCACAAAAGCAGAUAGUAAUUAACUGUAUUAUUUAAGCCAGAAUAUCUGCUUUCUAGUAGAAAGUGAUUAUUGUUAUUUGUCCCUUGGGUUCCUAAUGGAACAUAGGGCUUCAGUAGCACGUCUCCAUUCCACUUUCUUCUCUCUAAUCUUUUCAACCUGGCUCCACGACAGACCAGAAGCUCUCUCUCUCUCUCUCCUUCAUGUCACCCUUACCUCCGACGCCCAACUCGUCCUUUCCCAUUUGGGUUCCACUCGAGCAAUUGGCCUGGUGCACGAUGUCAUCAGUCGGCCUUCUCAGUGUAUGUCCAAUCCAAUCCAUCUCCACUUCCUUCUACAUAUUUGUUGAGCGGUAGGUUGUUGGUUGGUUCGUUGCCAGCCACAGUUCCUUGUUGCUUAUUCUUUCUGGCCAUCUGAGCUCGAGUACCGAGCCAGUGUAGGCAGUUGUUGAUGAAUGUCUGUAGUUUGUUGGAAAUCCCUUUCGUAACGCGCCAAGUCUCUCAACCAUACAGAUGCACUGACUUGACGUUGGUGUUGAAAAUCCGGAUCUUGUUCCACAUGCUGAGUGCAGAAGAUCUGCACACUGGUUUCAGGUUAAUGAACGCCUGUCUUGCUGUCUUUCCGAUCCUGGCUGAUUUGACGUCCUCGUCCGUGCCAUCACCUGUAGUUGAAACGAUGCUGCCUAGAUAGGUGAAAGAGGUUACUUCCUUGAAGUUUCUCUCGUUCAUGGUGAUUGGUGUUUGGUGUUGUUGGUUGGGUAUCAUCAUCACCUCUGUCUUCUCUAUAUUCACUUGAAGUCCUGUAUUUGCUGCCUCGCCUCUUCUGUUAAAUUUUUAGUUUUCGCCUAUGGAUCUUCAAGUUUGUGCGACAUCAGACACAAGUCAUCAGCGAAAUCUGAGUCUUCUAGGUUCUUUUCCCCUGUCCAGCGUAUCCUCCUCUUCUCGCUCCUCACUGUUUGUUGCAUGAUCCAGUCGACCACAAUCAGGAAUAUCAUGGGUGAUAGCAGGCAGCAUUGUUUCACUCCUCUCUUCACUUCAAAAGCAUCCUGAUCUCAUUGUGAAUUACUUGACGUGUGGCAUCUUCAUAUAGUUGCUGAAUGAGGUUGAUAAAGGUUUGUAUUAUUCCGUAGUGCUGAAGCAGCUGCCUGCCAGAUUACUUCUUGGUCGACGCCGUCAAACGCCUUUUCAAAGUCGGUGAAGUUGAGUGAGAGAGUUGACUGUCAUUCUAUACUCUGUUCUAUGAUAAUGCGAAGCGUUGCAAAUUGGUCCGCAAGAAAAAAGUGAUGGUUAGAGAUUAUUGGUAGAGGGUACUAAACAGGAAAUCCAGGAAGCAUGUUUUGUCUUUUAUUUGAACUCAUUGACUGAUUAUAUAAUCUAUAAUGCUAGAUACUAGACGAAUAGACCGCUAACUAUAUUUAUUAAGAAUCUAACAUUAAAUUGUCUCUUAUAAAAAUAUUGUAAAAUUUAGGAGAUUUGCACUUUAGUGAAUAAACUGAUUGCACAAAAAAAAAUUUGAUUGAAACACAUGCGAAAUGACCCAUAUAUUUAGAUUAUUUUGAAAAUUGAUUCGUUCUGGGCGCUUUUUGUUCCAAAAAUCAUGUGUGAGUAGUUAUAGUUAAAUUCAACCUUUUCCAGCAUAUGUAGCACAUUACAUCCAAUGUUUCAAUGGCUACUUGAAAAGUUGUUAUAACAGAAAAAAUUAAAUAGGUUGUUGCAAAGAAAUAAUUGACUAAAAAUCAAUUAGGUCAAGCAGUCUACUCUACUAUUUUAUGUGUAAAGGCUUAUUCUGUAGAAUAUUGAAUGUCGGUUUAUCAAAGAUAAUACACUAUCUGAAAUGAAUUACUAAUGGAACAAAUCAACUGCCUUAGCAUCAGAUAAUUAUAAAUUCGUUUCAUGACUUUCUUUAUAUCAAGGACAUUAGAAACACUGAAAUGAUAGUGUAUUCUAAUCGUUGGAUUAUGUUGGUCUUGCUUAUGAAUACGUAGGACAAAAAGUUUAGUCAGCUUCAUUAACGAGCAUGUGACAACCACAACAGUCAGUGUUGCAGUUCACUGCAACUAUUACUCUCAUGAAUAUACUUCAGGUGGUUCCAAUGAAUAAUUCGGUAGUCCAUAGCAAGUUUCACAACAUUUAUUAACUGAGACAUUCCUGCUUUGACAAAGUUGGUUUCAUAUGAAAUAUAAUAUCGGUGCAGAUGACAACUCACUCUCGUUACUAAAUGUCUAUAAAAAUACUUGACAGCGACUAGAAAUAACUACUCAGAAUAGUCAGGCGCUGUUAGUCGAAGAUAUACAGGUCGCAUGAUGGUUGGAUCACAUUACAAAAGUCGAGAUAUUAAAUCCACUCUCAAACACCCAACUAAAGUCUCAAUAUAACUCAAUCAAUAUCACAACACAUGACAUCACUCGAUUGUAAAAGACUUCACAAUAACAUUAACUAAUAUACCAAAAAACAGAAAACACAUCAUGUGGCUUCACCAUGACUAAUAUAUCAUUGUCACAAGCGAAGGCAAACAAUGCCAGCAAAAACGGUGAACAACAAGAAACAAACAGAACACAAUCAAGAAUUCUUACUCUCACAACAUAUCUGCUCAAUAAUUCGUCAUCACGAUCUUGCUGGUGAGUAGUCAAUGCUACGCAAUGUCGUCUACUCCAAUCAAAGUAAUAUUUCGAGUGCAGAAACAAUGUGUUCUGUGUUACGAUGGAGGAUAGUCAACCUGAAGCACAAAGUUAUCACUGCAUCUGAAUGGCACAUGCAUAGUGAACAACAUCUAACUGCCGACACCAUGGCUCCUCAUGAAAAAUACACCCCUCUAUUAGUAUUGAAAAGUGUUCUGUUUUUGUCAUCAUCUGGUUACCUCCUUUCUUAAGCUUGCAAGUUUCCACACUUCCAAAUGCAUUCAUGCAUUUCGUUCCCCUACUUCAUUCUAAUAAACGGUAUAAGAUGCUUGUCUGCAGAGGUGGUGACAACAAGUGUCUAUCAACAAAAUAGUCUGUAUCCAUGGGUGAAUAACACAGAACAAUAAUGUGUUGAGAAGUUUCAUAUAACAGAGAGUUAAAAUACUGAAAUCUUACUUCUAGUUUGGAUGAGCAAAGUGAACAGGAGUAGAAGAGAAUUUAAGUAUUUCAUAGUUGUUGAUAAAUCCCCAAUACUGUGUUAAUUCAAGGAAUGAUAGUUGAAAUAAUAUUCCGUGUGAUUGUAUCGUUGAUUGUUGUAUGUCGUCUGGUAACUUAGUGACUCCAUCCAUCCAUGGAGAUGCAGCAUAACAGAUGUGUGUUUAUGAUUUUGUGAAUGUUGGUUGACUGAUAUUGAUGAAGUCAGUGUCCAUCGAGUGUAAUUGAUUGUGAUUGUGAUUGUGAUUGGAUGAUAAGUGGACAAACUAGUUAGUAUAAUGAAUAUGUGUAAUGUAAAUGAGAU